CCACGGAAGUUUUGAUGUAAGUUGAUAUUUGUGUUUUCCCUUCAUCCAGGUCCAUGUGGCCUUAUGAACAGGUUGGAUGGAAUAUAAACGUCACGGUGGGAUUUAAGAAGGUUUCAACGGUGGGCAUUAUUAUCACCGCUGCUUCCUGUAGUGUGGUCCUUCUAAGUCUUAGAUCUGCCUUAUUUUCUGGUUCGUAGUGUAAAAUGAUCUGGAAAAAUGGGUGGACGGCUUGGAUAAAACCCAUACAUAACGGUGGGUACCACAAAGCCCCUGCCUGGACUGAGUCCUUUAGGGCGGAGCAAGAAGCAAUCCGCUUCCCCAAUAAUAAUAAUAAUACAGAAAGAAUUCAAACCGUUGAAAGAGCAACACGAAAUAAAAUAAAAAUUGAAGGAAAAAGGAAAAAAAUAAUAAUAAUAACCAAGCCAAAUGCAAUUUUGAAAAUUUCCACGUCCAAACAUACCUAUAUAAGGACUCUGAACUCCAUCUUCCUUUCUCAUUCCAUUCCCAUUCCUUCAUUUGGGUUUUAUCCUUAGAAAUUUUGUGCUUGUUUACCUCACGAACCAAAGGGCUAUGGCACAUACAUUUCAGGCCAUGCAGACUCUUGCAGUAAUCCUUCUCUUUCUCUUUGGCAAUGCGGUGGUCGCAGAGGACAUACUCAUCAAUGAUGAGAGCCUCAACACAGGAGAGUUCCUUGAAAACGGGCCCUACCGGUUUAUAAUGCAGGCCGACUGCAACCUGGUGUUGUAUGUGAACACCACGCGGGCACUUUGGUCUUCUAGGACGAAUGGAAGGGGCACAUCUUGCCGCGCCACACUGCAGAACAAUGGCAACCUCGUCGUGUUGUCUGGGUCGGAUGUCGUGUGGACGAGCAACACAGCCGUUGGAGCAAAUAAUUACCGCCUCAUUGUUCAAGGGGAUGGGAAUGUGGUGAUCUAUGGCGCAGCUAUGUGGGCCACCAACACUGUACAGAGCAACAGACGGUUGCUUUGAGGAUUUGCAAGUGAGCCUUCUGUGAUGGAUGAGGCAUGUUGUUGCGCCAGAUUUAUGUGUUUAAUAAGUUUAAUUAAAGAUCAUCUCAUUCUUGUGAGAGAUUAUGGUGUUUUUUCAAUGGCCAAUGGUCACAAGAAAUAAAAUCAAUCUAAGUUUGCUCUC